GAUAUCGAAAGUGGAUGGAGGCAUGCCAGCUAGGCGCUUUGCUGUACCGGACUCCAGGUAAACAAGCGAUAAAGCUGUCGCGGGUGACGAAGCACAAACAAAUAGGAGCACGGACGAAUCGUUUCACCAGACCCAAAAGUACGGUCUCGCGGUUAGCACCGUUUUCGCUGAGACUGAGACAACGUUCUCGCCAUGCCAGUUGCAUACAGUGGAGUCGACCACGUGCGACGGGGAAUUACCGUUUCAUUAUACUGGCUGCAAAGAGAAGGAGAGGAACAGAGGCGGUGUUGAGGCAGGCCCGGGCAUGGGAGCUAUUUGUGAAAAUUAAUGAAGUCCGUGUCGACAAGGGGCUGAAGGGAGAUGGCAUUUCUCUAAGAUUUUUCAAGAACUGGGGAAAGAAAAUUGUAGGAAGCGGUAGAAAAAUAAAAAGGAGUGAAGAAAAUUGAAGAAAAUUGAAAGGAACCGAAGAAAAUCCAAGGAAAAGGGAAGAAAAUUUAAAAAAAAAUUGAAGAAAAUCCAAGGGGAAAGGGAAGAAAAUUGAAAGAAACUGAAGAAAAUCCAAGGAAAAGGGAAGAAAAUUUUUAAAAAAAUUGAAGAAAAUCCAAGGGGAAAGGGAAGAAAAUUGAAAGAAACUGAAGAAAAUCCAAGAAAACUGAAGAAGGCUAUAGAAAACUAAAGAACACUGAUGAAAAUUGAGCAAAGUUGAACAAAACUGAAGAGAUUUCAAGAAAAUUUAUAAAAACUAAAUGAAAGUGAUUAUCUUUACCUGCAACUUUAACGUCCAUAAAAAUGUACCUUCCUAGAAUAUUGGGAUUCUUCCCAUUUUCCUUCGUUGGGCCUAGAAUCCCAAGCUCCGUAUCGAUUUCAAGAACCGCAUGGUGCUUAUUGCAUCAAUGGGACCGCCCGGGGCCGAACCGAGUUUUUUCCUUGAAAAUUAGCAAACUUCAAAGCGUUCUAUCUUCAAAAUUAAUAAAAAUCGGGUAGAUACAUUAAAGCUUAAUGAAUUCGUCUUGAAAAGUACUAUCGCGUGGUAUAAAAAAAAAUAUAUAUACUUUCAUUUGAAAAACGAAACUUGACCAUCGUAUCUCGUUAAAUAACAAAGUUAACAAAAAUUCCUUCGCGCUGAAACACGGGCCCCAUUUUACCAUGCAAUCUCCAUAUUUGAAAUUUUCCAUUCCGCUAAUUUUGUGAUCUACAGGAUCUACGCGAUUCCGAAAUCCACGUGGCAUCGAUGGCAAAGCACGUACCAAAAGGGAAUCUCCAUCAUCGAUCACGUUUACCACAACAUCCACGCAUAACGCAGACGAUAAACCAGAAUCCUCCCCGAUCCGCGUUUGUUUGCUAGAAUAUUCGCGAUAUUUAUCCCUGUAACGUCCUCCAAAAUCGAAGAUGAUGUUACGACAGAGCGUAGGCGGUACGUGGUUGCCCAGCCAU